GAAGUUGCACAGAAUGAGGUCAGCAAUCAUGGGCCAGACCGGGAAGAAGUCCGACAAGGGGCCUGUGUGCUGGCGGAAGCGAGUUAAGUCAGAGUACAUGCGGUUGCGGCAGCUCAAGCGGUUCCGGCGGGCAGACGAAGUCAAGAGUAUGUUUAGUUCCAACCGUCAGAAAAUUGUGGAAAGAACGGAGAUCUUAAACCAGGAGUGGAAACAGCGAAGGAUACAGCCUGUGCACAUCCUGACUUCUGUGAGCUCUUUGCGCGGGACCAGGGAGUGUUCAGUGAGCAGCGACCUGGAUUUCCCCACACAAGCCAUCCCUCUGAAGACGCUGAACGCGGUUGCCUCGGUGCCCAUCAUGUACUCCUGGUCCCCCCUGCAGCAGAACUUCAUGGUGGAAGACGAGACAGUUUUACAUAACAUCCCAUACAUGGGGGAUGAAGUUUUAGACCAGGAUGGGACAUUCAUUGAAGAAUUGAUAAAGAACUAUGAUGGAAAGGUGCAUGGGGACAGAGAGUGCGGGUUUAUUAACGACGAGAUCUUUGUGGAGCUGGUGAACGCGCUGGGCCAGUACAGUGACGAGGAGGAUGACGAGGAGGGAGAUGAGCCCGAGGAGCGAGAGGAGAAGCAGAAAGAUCUGGAGGAGGCCCCUGACGAUAAAGAAAGCUGUCCACCUCGGAAAUUUCCUUCUGAUAAAAUAUUUGAAGCCAUUUCCUCCAUGUUUCCAGACAAGGGCUCAGCUGAAGAACUCAAGGAAAAGUACAAGGAGCUUACUGAGCAGCAGUUGCCCGGGGCACUGCCCCCCGAGUGCACCCCCAACAUAGAUGGGCCCAAUGCUAAGUCUGUGCAGCGGGAGCAGAGCCUGCAUUCCUUCCACACCCUCUUUUGCCGACGCUGCUUCAAGUACGAUUGCUUCCUGCACCCUUUUCAUGCAACUCCCAACACCUACAAGCGGAAGAACACAGAAACCGCGCUUGACAACAAGCCUUGUGGGCCGCAGUGCUACCAGCAUCUGGAGGGAGCAAAGGAGUUCGCUGCAGCCCUCACGGCUGAGCGGAUCAAGACCCCGCCCAAACGCCCUGGCGGCCGCCGGAGGGGCCGGCUGCCCAACAACAGCAGCCGGCCCAGCACUCCUACCAUCAAUGUUCUGGAGUCCAAGGACACGGACAGUGACCGGGAGGCAGGGACGGAGACGGGCGGGGAGAAUAACGACAAGGAGGAGGAGGAGAAGAAGGAUGAGACGUCUAGCUCCUCGGAAGCAAACUCUCGUUGCCAAACACCCAUCAAGAUGAAGCCAAAUACUGAGCCUCCUGAGAGCGUGGAGUGGAGUGGCGCCGAGGCAUCCAUGUUCCGGGUCCUUAUCGGCACCUACUAUGACAACUUCUGUGCCAUUGCGCGGCUCAUUGGGACCAAGACCUGUAGACAGGUGUACGAGUUCAGGGUCAAGGAGUCCAGCAUCAUUGCGCCUGCCCCAGCCGAGGAUGUUGACACACCUCCCAGGAAGAAGAAGAGGAAACAUCGGUUGUGGGCGGCACACUGCAGAAAGAUACAGCUCAAGAAGGAUGGCUCCUCGAACCAUGUGUACAACUACCAGCCCUGUGACCACCCCCGGCAGCCCUGUGACAGCGCAUGUCCCUGUGUGAUUGCCCAGAAUUUCUGUGAGAAGUUCUGCCAGUGCAGCUCUGAGUGCCAGAACCGCUUCCCGGGCUGCCGCUGCAAAGCCCAGUGCAACACCAAGCAGUGCCCCUGCUACCUGGCCGUGCGCGAGUGUGACCCUGACCUGUGCCUGACCUGCGGGGCUGCCGACCACUGGGACAGCAAGAACGUGUCCUGCAAGAACUGUAGCAUCCAGAGAGGCUCCAAGAAGCAUCUGUUACUGGCUCCCUCGGAUGUGGCAGGCUGGGGCAUCUUCAUCAAGGACCCAGUUCAGAAGAACGAGUUCAUCUCCGAGUACUGUGGAGAGAUCAUUUCCCAAGACGAGGCUGACAGGAGAGGGAAAGUGUAUGACAAGUACAUGUGCAGUUUCCUCUUCAACCUCAAUAACGAUUUUGUGGUGGAUGCAACCCGCAAGGGUAAUAAAAUCCGUUUUGCCAAUCACUCAGUGAAUCCAAACUGUUAUGCGAAAGUGAUGAUGGUCAACGGGGACCACAGGAUCGGCAUUUUUGCCAAGCGGGCCAUCCAGACUGGAGAGGAGCUCUUCUUUGACUACAGAUACAGCCAGGCUGAUGCCCUGAAGUACGUGGGCAUUGAGAGGGAGAUGGAGAUCCCCUGACCGUGGCCGCCAGAGGGCAGUGUGAGUCUGGAGUCCGCCAAGUGCUGCAACAGUUAUUUAUAGUAAUGAGUUUAAAACCCCACUUUUUAUUGCCUUUUCACCAGCUGCAGUUUUGUACCCAUGACCUUUUGCAGUAAUGCCGUGUGGUACAUUUUUCAUCUUUGAAUAAAGAUACUUGAAUUUC